AUGGUCGCUCUCCUGGUGUUUGUUGCUCUUGUACUGUCAUCGUCUCUUGCACGGCAACCUCAGUAUGAAGUGCUGGUUAUCCUCCCAGAUGCAAGGGUUUCUGAAUGGAGUGUGGAAAGUGGGGACCUACAGCAUGCUGUAGAGCUGGCACAACAGAGUGUGUACAGUCUAUCAUUCCCGUUUGAUUUUACUGUGAAGACUCUGGAAGUGGAUUCCUCUUCUGUAUCACUGGCUCAGCUAGUACAUGAGCUAAUACACAAUGAGGGGAGACUAACAGUGGCUGUUGUGGGGUUCUUCUGUAAGAGGACAUUGCAAGAGUUGGAACUGAUUGGAGUUGGCGGUCGAGAGCAUCUGGGACUGGUUCAGAUAUCAGUCAACACGUUCCUACCAGUGACUGGAGGGAGCUCGCGACCGUACUACUAUCAGAUGUUCCCUUCCAGUCUGGCCUAUGCUGAGGCUCUGACUCAGCUCAUGCAACAUGUGGGCUGGACUAGGGUUGGAGUUGCCUUCACCGAACAUCAGGACAGCUACUAUUAUGAGAUUUAUCAACAGGUGAUAGGAGCUUUGAAUAAGCAUGGGCAUGAUGAUUCGAUUUUCAAAGUAACGAACGACAUUGAAGCACUCAGAGAACACAGUGUAAUGCAAGCAAUUCGAUCAAUACAUGUGUCAGGAGUGAAGAUAGUCUAUGUUCUUCUCCCUCCACUGGAAACUGUAAUGUUGAUAUGUAGAGCAUAUGAUUAUGGUCUAAGAUGGCCGGAGUAUGGCUGGAUUGUUCCUGACAUUAACCUAGCAAACGUUAGUCUUGAAAGAGGAGUAAUCUGUGAUUCAAACGCAUUUCACGGCAUCAUAUACUUCCGGACUGUCCUUAGUCACAAUGCCACAAGAUUGAAAGAGGUUUCUUCUCAAGUUCAGAUUCCAUUAGAAACAUCUCUUCGAAAUUCAAACAUUUACACCAGGGCAAUUUAUGACUCCAUCUUGGCUACUGCUUUCUCUUUGAAUAUCACAUUCUCUCAAGUAAAAGACUUUCUUAAUAGCGGAGAGAGCAAAAACAGUUUUCAUUUGCAAAGCUACAGAAACAGAGCUCAGCGACGUGUCUCUCAUAUGAUAGGAGAGGUCCUGAGCAGUGGAGUCAGUUUUAUGGGAGCUUUGGGAAAAACAACUUUCAACAGGAGUAAUGGACCUGUAGUUGAAACAAAUAUCUCCAUCUUUCAAGCGAUUCAUGGGAAAAGUUCAAAAAUCGGAGCUUACAAUCCGAUGUCAAACACAUCACAUUACGUAGUGCCUAAAGCACCAAUCCCAAGUGAUAAACUGGCCAGGAUAUACUCUCGACUCCCAGUUUCUUUAGAAGGGCUACUCACUACGUGCAUGGCCAUCUGUUUUCUCAUAGCUGUGGUCAACCUUACCCUGUACAUGUACUACAGAAAUACUCCUGAAAUCAAGUCAUCCAGUUUCAGACUCUCCAUGGUGAUCCACGUCAGCAGCAUCAUCAUGAUGAUCGGAGGCCAGUUUUACAUCUCGAUAAGUGCCGUUGCUAUCGAUAAGUCUUACGGUAAGGUGGUCUGCACUCUUCUCAACUGGCUCAUAUAUCCGUGGGGAGACAUCAUUCUCGCCACACUCUUGGUGAAAAUAUCACGGAUUAAAUACAUAUUCAGCCACUCCCAGGGGAAAAUCAACAUGAAGCUCUGUUCCGACACUACCCUACUCCUUGUCAUAGCUUUCGUAUUUGCAGGGAAAGUGCUAAUUCUCUCACUAUGGACCUCUCUGGAUGUAUUUACUAACACAGACGUAGAGAUCUACCACCCUGAAGCUAAACCGCCGUACUACGAAGUGGAGCAACAUUGCCUCUCGCGUUACUACUUUCUAUGGCUCUGUACCUCACUCGGCUACACUGCCAUACUCGGAGCCGUCCUGGGCUGUGCGGUGUUCAGGGCGAGAAAGAUCAGACACAAGGACUUCAACGAUACAAAAAAGAUCAAUAUGACUGUAGUGGUGUGUUUUGUGACUGUAGGAAUCGUGGUACCCAUGUGGUGGACUUUUCGAGCGGCGGGAAACACCAAUGCCAGCACAACUCUCCUUGCCUUGCUGUACAUGAUUCUACCCAUGUCUUGCCAGACCUGCCUCUUCUUGCCAAAGACAAUCCCACCAUUGAUGAGGAGCAUUUCGGCUAGCAAUGUGCUGAAGGAAUCUGGAGGGAACUUUCCCCAAGUGAAAAGGCGAUUAUCUGAACGAUUUAUUUCAUCACAAGUUUCUCAGAUGCGAUUCUCAAAUCCAAGUAAUACAACUAGUAUGUCGAUGAGUACCUCAUAAAAUUGACUGCAGGUGGUUUCAUAAUCAUUGUUAGUUACUAGAGUGAGCAUGUUGUUUGUGCGUGUGUUAGAACGAGACUCUUUCAUUCAGUUUUCUGUUUGCUGGGGGCACUUGCUGAACGUUCCUGUUUGUGUUUUUAGUUCAGUGAAUCAAUGUUUUUA